AAAUGAAAGGCGCCAAAAUCUCGCAAAUCUCCCGCGUGUUUCCAUACCAAACCUCUUCUUUUAACUCUCCGCCCCGCCAUUAUCCUCUUCUCCUUUCUCCACCUCCCAACCAAAAAUGUUCCACCCCCACAUCUCCCCCGCCACACCCGGCGGCUCCACCUCCACCUCCUCCUCCUUCGACUUCAACAACAAACCCUCCAAAAAAAACCGCGGCAGUUACAAUUGCGGCCGCUGUGGCCUCCCCAAGAAGGGCCACUCCUGCCACCUCCCUCCGCCUCCCUCCGCCACUCCUACUUCCACCGACUCCUCUAUCUCCGCCUCCGCUUCUACAUCCCGUCCUCUCCCUGCGCCACGUCAGCAGUAUUCUCACUUACGUAGAGCGUUAUCGUUUGACGACGUUGAUAUCAGAUGCGAUUCUCCUCUUCCUUAUCAUGAUAAGACUGAAGUGGAUGAAUCUGAGUUAGAUCUGUUUGGUUCUAGUUCAGUUAAGUUGCCGUUUACUUGUGUGUGGGAGGUUCUUAGGAGGCUGCCGCCGGCUGGAUUGCUGAAGGCGGCUAGGGUUUGUAAGGGGUGGAGAGAAACUACGAGACGGCUGUGGAGAGCGACUGAGGAGCUUAGGUUAAGAGUUCCGGUGAAAGCUCAGCUUGGUUUUGUUGGAUCUGUGUUGCAGAAAUGUCCUGGACUUGUUAGAUUGACUCUGAAAAUGGAAAGUGAUGUGGAUGCGACAAUGUUGGCUUGUAUUGCGUUCUCUUGCCCUGGUUUGGAGUCCAUGGAGAUAUCUAUUUCUGGUUCUGCUGUCAAUCGAAUCACUGGUGAUGAAUUGAGUCGUUUUGUUGCUGAUAAACGUUGCCUGACAAGCCUCAAGAUGGAAGGGUGUUCUAAUCUAGGGGGUUUUGUACUCUGUUCAUCGAGUCUGUGUACACUUUGGCUUUCAGAUCUUCAUUCUUUGUCUAAGACGGUCUUCAACUGUCCCAAUUUGAAGGAAGUUUCCCUUGAUUUUUCCCGCCAACAAAAUGAUAGCACUGAUCUUUCCGUGAUGCUUGAUAUUUUGGGACGAAGUUGUUCUAAAUUACAAAAUAUACACGUUGCAUCAGUUCAGCUCUCUCACGUUGCUGUGCUUGCUCUUACAGCUUCAAACUUAAGGGGGCUGCGGAUGCUUUCUCUUGUUCUUGGAACAGAAAUCACAGAUGCCUCUGUUGCUGCCAUCACUUCAAGCUAUUCAAAAUUAGAAUUGCUCGACCUAAGUGGGUCUAGCAUCAGUGAUAGUGGAAUUGGUAUGAUCUGCAAUGCUUUUCCUGGAACAUUGUCAAGACUCCUCCUUGCUCUUUGUCCGAACAUAACUUCAAGUGGAAUUCAAUUUGCCACUGCACAAUUGCCUCUUCUUGAACUAAUGGAUUGUGGAAUGAGCAUAUGCGACCCAGGUUCUCAUGACCCAAGCUAUGCUGAAACUGAAGAUGAUGAGUUGCAGUCAGCAUAUAAUAACAAAUUACACCUUAUAUACCAGAAGCUCAUUAUAAAACAUGGCCGGUUGAAGAAACUAAGUUUAUGGGGCUGUUCUGGCUUAGAUGCUAUUUGCUUAAAUUGUCCAGAACUCGGCGAUCUUAAUCUAAACUCUUGUAAAAAUUUGCAUCCGGAGAGGUUACUGCUUCAGUGCCCCAGUUUAGAAAGAGUGCAUGCCUCAGGGUGUCACAAAUGGUUAAUCCGGGCCAUACAAAGCCAGGUAAACAAUUCGGGUGCUAUGGAAAGCCAUUUCCCCAGUAAGCGUUUGGCUGAUGGCUCAAAGAGGAUUCGAGUCCCUCAUUUUAUGUAUCAGCAGCAAUUUGAUGAUGAUAAGAAGAGAAGGAAGAUAGAAUAUCGUCCCUGCAAUGUGCUUGUGGACUGACGAAUAUGCACAUUAGAGGUCAUUCUUACUGUAUACAAGCUGCACUCUUGCGCGAGUUGUCGUUGUCUGUUGCCCUCUGUUACCAAGAGAAUACGCCUCAAUUGUUGAAAAUAGCAGUUGAUGUGAACUGGUGGGCACUGUAGAAUUUCAUAUACCUCAAAAGAUAUAAUAUUUUUUUAGUUUUAAAGAGGAAACAACGCUCUAAAAGGAUAACUUUUAGAGUGGUUGCUGCCAUUUAAAUAGCAGAAUAAAAGUUCUAAUGUAUUCUUAUUCAAGCUGUAAUUCAUUCUGUAUCAAACCCGCAGCUUUAAGUUGCACCUUUCAUGUAAAGAAUUGAGUCCCUAUAAUUAUUAUCAAGUGGGAAGCUGUAAUGUUAAUUUCAAAGAUUAUGAUGUCA